AUGGAGCCUCCCAAUCCGACUGGCACGGCCCCCAACCGAAUCGAAGCAAGCGUUAAGCCGCUCAGAGAGAUUGUACGUCCACAGGAAAAAGCGCUCCUGGUGAUCCCAACGUAUCAGAGGGAGUACCAAUGGAAGACGGAGCAAGUCCAGAAGCUCCUGUGCGAUGUGUGGGCCGCCCACGAGAGGCACGUCGCGUCGCCGGGCAGCGCAGCUACUGCCUUUUUCGGGACCGUUACUUACCAAUCGCCCGACUCAGCAGGAACUGCGAAGCAGGAACUGCGAGUGCUCAACAUCGUGGAUGGCUCGCAGCGAACCACUACUCUGACUCUGGUUUUCGCCGGCCUGUGCUACGUGCUCGGGCGCGCUGGUUUCGGCAAGUGGUGGAGCGACGGAACAGCAGGUGCCGAAGAGUCGCAGGAGAGGCCAGCAGCGGGCAUCUCCGAGUACCUCACCUUGGUCAAGGACUUGGAAUCUUAUCAGGGAUCGGCGCGAGACACAGCGAUGCAGCCAGUCAGAGAUCAUCUCGGAUUGGAAGAGCAGGGUGCACGCAAGCAGUAUUACGCCCGCCUCCUGCCAUCGAAGCAAGAGGGCAGGAACUUCAUGCGGAAGUUGGCAGGCGCAGAGACAUUCCCUGGCAGGGGCGAGCUGAAAUGGUUUUUGGACAAUGUGGACAAGCUUCUCACUUCCAAGAUCCCCCAGGACCAACAUGAGCAGCUCAGGAUCCAGUCCUGCCUGUGUGUGGCCGUGAGGUUUUUCAGCGAGAAGGUGGCCGAGGAGAACGGCGAGUGCGAACUUCUUUCGACAGGGCGGUACGACGCUAUCUGCGAGGUCAUCAGUAAUAAAGAAGGUCCACGAAAGAAAGAUCCUGAUGCUGGAACCUGGCUCGGCGACACGUUCAAGAAGUUCAAAGAGCGACGUGACGAACUGCGAGAGCACGGCAGCGAGUUUGGUGUUGCGAACUUGGAGAAGUUCUGGGAGAGCAUGUCGGAGGCAAACUGUGCCUCAUACGUCAGCGUUGAAGUUCACGACUCGACGGCCGUAGCCCUCAGGGUUUUCCGCUCCCUGAACACGACCGGCCUUUCGUUGCGAGAGCGAGACAUUGUGAAGGCCGCAGUGGUGUCCUGCCAUCGGAGAAUCGGACAAGCACGCACAGCCACGUAUGGAUUUGAAAGUCAAUUCGUCAGUGAGUUUGGCAAGGACAUUUGCGACAAGAUGAUGCCGUUUCGUGGCCCCAAAGCCAAUGAUGACGAGGCGCGUGAACUCCACUCGCUGCGCUUCUUGGAGAUGAUCAAGGCCAUCCACAUGCUCGGCUGGACACCCCGUGAGGGAAGCGCUAUGGAGAGCUGUCUCGCUUCUGAGUCGAAUUCAGCGUACGUGGGACCAUCUGAUUACUUCCUAAACAACAAGGUCACAGGCCUCUUGCUCCUCGAUGUCAAGAAGGGCCCGAAUCAGGAAGGGGACGAAUCUCUUCACGAGCUGGCGCAGCGUGUCGCCGUGAGCUCCGAACGCACGACGGCGGAGAAUGCCGCUCAGGCUCCCACACAGCCGCAGACGAGGGAAUUGAGUCAAUUGGGACAGGUGCUCAUCGACAACUUCAGUCGCUGGGCGGCCUGCUACCGCGUGCUGAAUCGUGCGGUCCUCGAUUGCAGCGACGACGAAAAGCGUUACGGGCGUGAGCAGCAGCAGCGUGAACAGAAGGACGCGUGCAGGGAGUUCUGCCACAUCGCGGCAGCUCUGUCUCUACUCCUCGUCCCUUCCGAAGAAUACAAGGCGGCCAUCUCGAAGUCGCCGAAGUUCCUGUGGCAGCUGCCAGUGCUGGCCUUCAUGAUGUGUUGCGCGGACUGGGAGCUUCGCCUCGAGAUGCUGAAGGCGGUCGAGCGCCUGCUUGUUGUGCACCUCCUCGGGUCAAUCAGCGCGAAGAGGAAUCGCCGGAAUGAGCCAGGGGGUGUCGAAGGGCCCGGUCAAGUCAUCAAGGAUUUCGUUCACAGGUGUCUCAAGACCGUCAAAGUGAUGUUCGCCGACGGGAACCAUACGCCGAAGGAAAUCCUCGAGCGGUGCACUGCUGGCCCGCAACCAGGCGGGCCACUGCACAUGAGCGACGAGGACAAGAGGCGGGCAUCGCGCUCGAUCUGGGUGGCCACAUCCAGCAUAUACAACGAGGCUGACAAUGGUCGCAGGCCGAUCAUCAGGUACCUGCUGAUGCGCCUCGAGAUGAUCAUCUCAGAGUUCAAACCGGUGCAACGGAGCACGCCGAACGAACCUGCCGGUCUCGACUCGGUUGUUGCCGUGAAGGGUGAGUCUGAGUCGGAGAAAAAACGAAGUGUCCAGGCAAGCGGCUAUCACAUCGAGCACUGCAUUCCAAAGAAACCCAGGAAGCCGAAAAAAUGGAAAGAAUGGUUCGAGGCGGUGGAAGAUCAAGAUCUGCUACCUGGACAACAACUCGACAAGCAAAGGCCCACGCGGCACGACACGAUGAAGCACUGCCUUGGAAAUCUCGUCCUGAUAGACAGGAACAUUAACUCGCGACUGUCAGACAAAGGCCCAUGGGAAAAGCGGAAAACCGAGUUGCAGAAGGCAGGACCGACGGAGUUCGCGCUGGUGCGACGCGUCAUUACAAACGGCAGCGAUCCGGGCGAUCCACCUGGUGGAUCACCGGCUGCGACAUGCAAGGAACACAAAGCGAGGGUCAGAAUGCUCCUGGAAGCUUGGGGUCUUCCGUUGGAUUCGGAGACUGGCGGAGGUGACCGCGGCGACCGCGCUGGCGCUGGGCGCGACGACGACGCUGCACGCGGCGGUGGGGGUGGGCGCAGCGGUGGCGUCGGGGGCGGCGGUGGCGGUGGCGGUGAGGACAGAACUGCCGUCGGAGGCCAUGUCUGGCACGGCAACGGCAACGGCAACGACCUCGCCGUCGGCGAGGCUCUGAACCAGGGCGAUGACCAAGGACAUCACGGCACCCUGACUUCAUCAGCCCCGGCUGCAGCGCCUGUGCCCCCACCACCCGCCAUGGCUGAAGCUGCGCCCUCACCCGCUCCCGGCGGCGGCCCAAGCGCGCAGCCCAAAUUGAGUGACAUCCAGUUCGGAUCCGAGAACGAUCUGGGCGACCUCCAGCUUCAGUUCUUGGAUGACGUUCGCCGCAAAGUGCGCGAGUACAGCAAAGACGCACUGGAGGAUGCUAGGGGCCAACUCAGGAAGGAUGUUGGGGACCUUGCGAAGAAGAAGUUCCGGGGUUUGACCGCUGCUGAUCAAAACAUCAAAUGUUGUCUCAAAGCACUCGGCGUGAAAAAAUACUCGAAGAAAGGACGUGACGAACUGCACGAUAUGCUGGUCAGCAAGCUGAUCGAGGAAGCCAAAUCUAAGGAGCGCCCGAGCGACGAGGACAUUCGCGACGGCAUGGAAAAACUCGGUAUUUAG